GCUUUGCUCUAUUCUGCUAGCCGUUGCCAUGGCGCCGCGUUUGAAAUGCCCAAAACACUCAACUGACGUUUUUGUUGGCAUCCCACUGGAAGUUAAACGAAAUGGGCCGACAAUCAGUUCAAAACGUUGUAAAUUCUUUCAGUGAUAAAAUAUUUCCAGGUUUAUCCGAUGUUCCGCAGGAUUUCUCGUUCGUAUCGGGUCAAAGAGAUAUAGUAUACGAUGUUAAUUCGAGUUUGGUACUACAAGUGUCACUUUAUUUCAAUUUGGUCUACUACCCUGUGUGGUUGGUAAUCAUGCUCACUUCAUUCGUAACAAAGGCCCAGUGCUUUGGCUGGUUUUCAUAUGUGCUCCUAGGUAUUGGGGUAUCAAGCAUGCUAAUAAUGGAAGCCACCAGGAUUUACCUUGGCAUGUCAGGCAAUAUGAGCGAGCAAGUGACUGAGCUUUCCACAUUCUGGUUCACUACGCUGCUUGUCCAAUUACCUUUGGUUGCCAUCAUCCUCCUAGUGGCUUUGAGCUUGAGCCAAGUCAUGGAGGUAAUCGCCUUGUCAAUUUCCACAUCUCUAAUGGCGAUCCAGUUAUGCGUCUCAUUUACUACACUUCGCAACGUCUCCCGCCUUCGCCAAUUUGAAACCUUAAACAAAAAACGAAACGAAUAGUACGUUAUAGCUACAUAAACUACAACACUUAAAAGC